AUGAAUACCACUUCUACAGAUAUCAGCUACGAUGACCGCGAAGUCUUCACCGACGAAAAGAACCACCAAAUCAAAUAUCGCACUCUAUCCUGGCAAUCAGCAGCUUUCAUCAUGAUCACCGAGAUCGUGACCGGUGGCACCUUGACUCUCCCUCAAGCAAUCGCAGUCGUCGGUCUCGUUCCAGGCACCAUCAUUAUACUCUUCUGCGGUAUCUGGGCUUUGUUUACAUCGUUCUUGCUCAUCGACUUCAAGCUCAAUCAUCCGGAGGUGCAUAACAUGGGUGAUGCUGGAUACAUUUUAUUCUCGCCUUUCGGGCUAGGAGUGAUGGGUAGGGAAGUAUUGAGUGCAGGCACGAUUCUUUUUGCUAUCACAGGCGUGGGGAGUAUGAGCUUGCUUGGUCAGUUGGCAUUACAGACCUUGAGUCAGGGCAGGAUGUGUGCGAUGUCUUAUCUAGGUAUCUGGACUUGCAUCACCUUCCUUGUUGCUUUACCUAGGACUUUUGGGGCAGGCUUACUAGGAUUCUCCGUCGCGGCCUGUGUUUCUGUGCUGGUUGCUACUUUGGUUGCUAUGAUUGGCAGUGGUAUUGAGCCGACUCCCGAUCGAAUUGUCGUUGCUACGGCGCCAAAUUCAUUCUAUACGGCGUUUCUAGCCAUCACAAAUCCUGUCCUCGCCUAUGCUGGCCACUUCUUGUUCUUUACCAUCAUUUCCGAGAUGAGAGUCCCCAGUGACUCCAAGAAAUCAGCAUGGGCGCUUCAACUUUUCAGCACGACCUGGUAUGUCAUCUUCGCUGUAGUGUCCUACUUUUAUCUCGGCUCCACGGUGCAAAGCCCAUCUUUUCUCAGCUUGUCAGAGAUUUGGGCAAAAGCUGCUUGGGGCUUGUUUUUGCCGAACAUCCUGGUCGCGGGAGCUCUAUACAACCAUUUCGCCGCCAAGAUUGUCUUCGUGAGGAUGUUUAGGAAGAGCAGGCACUUGACAGAGAACACAGUGCUCGGAUGGGGGGUUUGGAUCCUGUUGCUUGCAAUCGCAAAUGCCUGCGGUUUCGUACUGGCGACUGGUGUGCCGUUCUUCUCAUAUCUUGGUGGCAUAGUCGCGUCAGCUUUCGCCUCGUGGUACACGUACGGCCUUGCGGGAGCCUUUUGGUGGCACGACACUCAUCAUCUCGGUAAUGGAUGGAUAUCCGUCAAGCAAAGAUGUCCAAUGUUCAUACUAUGCCUUGGAACUCUACUUGCUGGAGGUUUUAUUUGUGUUGGGGGCAUGUACGCGAUUGUCAAGUCGUUGAUCGAGGCAUAUGCUUCUGGAGCUGUUGGCCACCCGUUCACCUGCUGA